AUGUAUCGUUACCAAAUUUACCUCCCUCCCCAAGGUCGGUACUACUACAUUCGCUUGGCGCCAGGUGGCGGGACGGCGCUUAUCCGUCACGUUCCCGCGCACUUGGGCGCUCGUGGUCUGUUCCGAUCCUUCAUGCUGGGACAUCCUCCCCAGACCGGAACUGUGUAUCGACACCAAGCCGCAUCGAGAACGCACUCCUUCCAAAGCUCUGUGCUCCGGGAGCUUCUUGCCGCUCGCCUUGGGCUGAAUACGACUCACAUUGCUCGUGCUAACGCACGAAACUGGACUCUCACGGGCCCGGUGACUGCUUCCUAUGAGCCACUGGGCUACUUGUUUGACUCGGCUACACUCAAUGAGUCUCUCCGAAGUAACAAGGCGGUCGUCUGUGCCCUCUCUGCGAGCUACAUCUCGACGUUCGCUGGAUAUCCACUGGACUCCAUCAAGUCUAGACUACAGACGAUACGCACGCCCAUUACUGUCACUACACUCGCACUACAAGUCUACCGAGAAGAGGGCAUAGUUGGAUUUUACCGUGGCCUAUGGAUACCAUUGAUGACCAUAUCUUUCGUCCGUGCCGCCUCCUUCACAAUCUACACGCGUACGAAAGAGUACUUUCGUGAUCACCACAUGUUGGAGCGAAACACUGGCGCUCUAUCUGGAUCGCUGAUAUCGUUUGGGAGUGCGCCGUUUGAACUGGUGAAGGUUCGACGACAACUAGAGUAUUCCAUCGCAGCUAGCAAAGGGCUUCGGAUAUUGAAAGCGCCAGGAACGUUUGAGGCUGUCCGAGACAUCUUCCGGACGUAUGGCCUCGGAGGUCUAUACCUGGGUUUCCGCCUUCAUUUCGUUCGGGAUACCCUCGGCACUGGUCUAUAUUUUUUUGAAUAUGACGGAAUGCGACAUCUUAUGGGACGACUGCCGUCGGGUGAACAAGGUCCGACGCCAUCCUGGAUGCCACUGCAUCCUUCCAUGGUCCCAUUCAUGUGCGGGUCCUUAGCGGGUGUGACCUCCUGGGCAUUGAUUUAUCCCCUUGAUGUGGUGAAAACUAAGGUUCAGCAGCGGGCAUUGGCCGGAGAGCGUAGCAGGACUGCAUUGGAGACUCUCCAUCGAUUGAUUCGCGGACCUGACCCGAAUGCACCGAAACCCAUACUUUUAGGACUUGCCAGACUAUAUCGAGGUCUGGGGGAUGCGAGCUUGCGGAACAGCUUUUAUAACUUUGUCCUCGCCGUCUUCAUGCCCCUCACCACUCCUCAUCCUCCCAUUAUGUCCAAUAACGAGCAUCGUACCCCCAGCAGCCCUGGCGCACUCACUCGCAGCUGUAACACUCUGCAGCCCAAUAUCAAGGAUGCUAUUACCGAUGCACGACCCUUCAUUUCUGAAAGCGCAUCCGCCGGCGGCUCUGAUGUGCAGCAGCCAAUGCUCAAGCAUAUUUCUCAAGUCCCCGACGGCGAGGGCGAAGGAAGUGAUCACUUACCGAAGGAUGGCGACGUGCAAAACCAGGAACUCAUCCAAGAUGAACAGGAGAUGCACUCCCCUUUCGAUGCCGUCGGGCUUAUCGAUCAGAUCAGCAAAAUCGAUCCCAAAUUUGGGAAGCUAAUCUACCGGGGCCUGGCCAUUAUAGAGGUGCGGCGCACAUUUGUAGUUAUCGCGCUUACUGAGACGGUCCUCACGAAAAUUCAAUUUAUCCAGUCUGUUCAUGACCUUAAAACCUUCCUUUUCGGCCUCGCGGUUGGUAUGAAUCUGGUUGCGCCCGCCAUCCCGCCGAUCGAAAUGGCAAGGGAGAGCUAUCGGGUUCAUGCAACUUUUCUCAAAGCUGUUCGUGCUCUCAACGUUCAGCGUGAAGGUGCCGACUUGCCCUUGUAUGAAGAAGUUUCUUUCCUUCACACACAAGAUCUUCAGCGCAUUCAACAACUUUUCCGCGAGAGCAUACUUAGCGGCCAAAUAGGCAGACAGGGUUGA